UAAUUUGACAUUCCUGUGAUUCUUGACUUCUACGUACCUCCUUGUUCCAUCAUUCCAUGUCUGUUUGGGGUAGGUCGGGCGUCGGGUUCAUUCUUUUUACUUUGUUUUUGUUUAGUUAGGAAGUCUCAACGGUUUAUGAGAUUAACUAACCAUGAUAUGGUCAAUUAUUGUGCUCUUUAAAGUGUGUUCACAUUGUUCCUUAUAAAUGGCAUGCGUACUGUGAUAUAUCGAAGAGAAUGAUAACGAGAAACCAGCUAAAACAAAGGAACCCUUUGGUAUUCUUGGACAUUUUAAUCGAUGGCGAGAAAGCUGGUCGGAUAGUUAUAGAACUGAGGCGUGAUGUUGUGCCUAAGACAGCAGAGAACUUCCGGGCUCUCUGCACGGGUGAGAAAGGUGUUGGUGUCUUCGGUAAACCUUUGCAUUUCAAAGGAGUUCGAUUUCACAAAGCGAUUUCUCAGUUCAUGGUUCAAGGUGGGGACAUAAUUAAUGGUGAUGGAACCAGCGGCGAGAGCAUAUAUGGUUUGACAUUUGAAGAUGAAAAUUUUACGCUUCCGCAUGAAGCGGGCGUGCUUAGUAUGGCCAAUUCGGGCCCCAAUACUAACGGAUCACAGUUCUGCAUGACGACCGUCCCAUGUCCACAACUGGAUGAAACCAAUGUGGUGUUCGGAAGAGUUCUAGCUGGACUUGGAAUAGUUGCUGAGAUACAACGAAUGGCUGAUGACGGUCGACUGAGGGUGGAAUGUAUAAUAGAGGAUUGUGGGGAAAUCCAGGAUACCGAAAAUUGGGAUGUGUGCAGCAUGGACGGCACUGCGGACCAUCUACCAGAGUAUCCGGAAGAUCUUCAGACUGACCUAACGAAGGAGGAGCUGAUGCUGAGCAUCCGCGCGGUGAAGGAGAGCGGCAACGCGCUGUUUGCGGCGCGACGCGUGCGCGGGGCCGCGCGCAAGUACCACAAGUGUCUGCGCUACGUCGCGCGCGCCGCCGAGCGACACGCCGAGCAUUAUGAAGAAGUAAAAACGUACACCAUACAGUGCAAUCUAAACCUCGCCGCUUGCUACUCAAAACUGGAGGACUAUCGAGCCUGUAUCAAUAGUUGUUCUGAGGUGCUGCAUAUUGACCCUGGUAACGAGAAAGCAUUGUACCGCCGAGGUCAAGCGAACUACGCCCUUAAGAACUAUGAGGCCGCGCUCGCUGACCUCAAGCAUGCAGACAAAAUUUCACCCAAGAACAGAGCGGUCCAGAAGCUUCUAGACGAAGUCAGAAUUACGAACAAGUCGUACAACGACAUCCAAAAACAACGUCUGUCAAAAUUUUUUCGUGACCAAAAAGAGAAAAGCGCAGCAAUCGGACACCACUGAGAUACGCCUGAAAGUUAUGAUAUACAAAGUUUUUUGAUACAUUUUCAAUGUUGAUUCGUGUCGAGUGAUCGUAUACCUAACAAAGAUACAUAGCCCUUCUUGACACACUAGUUUUAAAACGUAUUCCGAAAUUGAAUAGUGUGUCAGUACAAUGAAAUUUAACUCAUAUUUGUACAGAUUAAAAUAAUACAAAAGGAAAACGAAACGGUUUCUAAAACUUUUUAUUAUUAUUAAAAAUUAUAAUUACGCACUGCCAUAUUGUAAAAGUAUAUAGUUUUUUACGUUGCUAUAUUAUGGCAAUUGUUGAGUUUUAUUUUUCAUAUUUUUAUUCUUCUUUAUUUAGCGCGAAAUUGUUUUAGGCAAAUAUUUAAACGUCAAUUUUAUUGAUAUAUUUAGAUUCGUUUAGAUUAAUUUUUGAUCUUACGUAUACGACAAUAAGGUUGAAUUUCGUGUAAUUGGCUUGUUAGGAUAAAAUUAGGUUUUAUGUAACAAAAUAUAAUGGUGCUUAGUUAUUAGCAGACUUCAAAAGAAAGGAGGUUAUCCUUAACGAUUCGGCUGUAAUUUAUAUCACGUGGCUGCAGUUCUGUUUGUGAGUGUGUGACGGACACGUCAGAAGUGACGUCAGCGUUCUAUUUAGCGAUCACAAUAUUUGAAUUAAUGACAAAAUACUGUAUAUCUCUAUUGAGGUUUGGUUUACUUUAAAAGAUAGUUUGGUACGUAUUUUUAUUAAUUUAUAGAAUGAAAAUUUUAAAUUUCGAACGAAUCUAAUGUUUAAUUAAGUAAAAAAUUAUAGUUUAUAAUUUUUUAUAUAGUUGUUCAUAAAUUAGGUUUAUUUUUGCAAUAUUUCAUGAACGUAUGAGUAAUUGAUCUCUGUCAUUAAUUUGUAUUACUUAAUUAAUAAUAAUAAUAAUUUCUAUUUUUAUAUUGUGAAUUGUUUUUUAUCCGUUUUUAUAUUAUUAACUAAACUUUCGAGGUUUUAGCGGUUAAAAUGAUUAUGGGGGCUGUUUUAAAAGGUAGUCUAUCAAUUAAAAUAAUUUAUUUAAAAUAUGUUUAGUAUCGAAUUCUAAAUUUAAUUGGAUUUAAAUUAUUUACAUAAGUAAAAUUUAAAUCUUUGGCGUUGACACAAUUUAACUGCUACUUUAGGAAUACAUAAAAUAUUACACAAGAAAUGACUUCCAAAGUCUUGAAACAGUCUCCUUAUAUUUGUAGUUAGUUAUUGGUGUUGAUUGCUUUUUUACGCAAUCCCUUAAUAUGGCAGAACAAUAAGUAUUGCUAACUCUUUCUCACGCGUGGAAUUAGGAUUUAUGGUUUAAAGGAUAGCGAGUCCUGUCAAUUGUGAUUAGAAUUUGCGUACAACUGAAUCGGGAUUAAUGUAUGUUUUUGUAAGUGGAUUUUUGUCUAUUAGUAACAAUUAUAAAGAAGGAAUACUAAAUGUAAACAAUUUUUGUUUAAUUUAAGAUUAUAACUAUGAACAGGAUAAACAAUUUGACAAUUAUUUGCUAUAAAACGAUUAAUAUAAAAUGAGAUUGGAUUUUAUUACAUAAGUAAUUAUAAAACGUAUAAUUUGAAUCUGUGUAAGUUUUAUAAUUAUAUGUAAAAGUAUAUAUUUAUGAUUUUUCGUAAAAGACAUUU